CAAGGCAAUAUGGCAACUUCCGAUAGCGAAAGAAGAACCCCUUGAAACACUAUAAAAUAGUCAUAUUAGUACUAAGAAUGUCAGAUUACCUUUGUUUAUGGGCUGGUUUGGGUAGUGCUGCCGUUUCAGCUAUUUUCUAUGCAGUUUACAAGAACAGAGAAGGAACAAUUCGGAGCUUGCAGGUACAGUAAUAAACGGUGAUUCUCAGUGCAUGCAGUUAAACUCAUCAGUAAAUUUAUUAGAUCUUUUGUUCACCUACAAUUUAGAUUUCAUUUCUGUUUGAAAACUUAUGCUUUUACAACUUGAUGGCUCCAUCCGUUUCAAUAAUGUCUUUUCAACGCGCAGCCAGCCCCUCUAUUCCGCCAGCUGGCGUGAUCAUGCAACUUGGGUCAACCACAUAAGAACUUUUAAAGCUCCAUUUGAAAGAACCAAUGGCUCAAUUUCCGUACAACCUCAUAAAUCCAUGCAGCAAUUUCAAACUAUUCCACACAAUAAAACCGGCUGUAGGGAAAUCUUCAGUACCAAGGAAGUGGUAAGAAUAGUCCAGAUAAGGUGAUCUAAGGUAAGGCCCAGUUCAGACCCCGAACUUUUCAUGAGCUGAACCUAAUUCGAAUUAAGGCCAGCCCAAAUUAUUUAGACUGGCUGAAUUGAUUCAGAUGCCGAUCUUAAUUCCAGCCAAACUAAAUUCAAAGGGAGAAAAAUGCUCAUUUCAGUCAAACUACUUUCAAAAUACGUUAUAACAAUAAUUUAUACAUUAGGUUCGGUACAUGAAAAGUUCGGCGUCUGAAUCAAAGCCAUACCAAAGUCGCUCCAAAGGCAAAACUCCCGGCCGGGCCAGGCAAAAAGAAUGGCAGAGCCAUUCCAAAUUGAAACAGGCAUUCCAAAGUGAUUCAGACGGCAAACUUUUCAUGUACUUAAUUCAAUGUAUUAGGUUUGGCUCAUGAAAAGUUUGGCAUCUGAACAGGGCCAAAGAGAUACAUGUAUAAUCAAUUGAACAUUCAGUUAUCAAACUCAAUCAAACUUGAUCAAACUCAAUCCAUGGGUUGAGUUCAUUUGAGUUGGGCAAACGAACAUAAUUUAACUGGACAACACUAUUGAACGGCUUGGUACAAGAACAAGACCUGUAUUUUUUUAACAUUUUUGAAAGUGUUAUUAUUGAAGUUACAUAAUCAGACAAUGAUAACUUUUUCUGUGAGUUUGAUUAUCAAACCAACUGAACUUAAUCAAACUAAUCAAACUUUAUCAAACUCAAUCCACUCAAGUGAGUUUGAUUAAGUUCAAAUUUAGUCAAAGGUAGGCAAAAAAUGACAGGCCAUGGCAAUAGUGGCAGUUUUUUUUCCGGGUGCUAAUUGCUCAAAUUAGAUUAAAUCUGACUGAUCUGAUUGGCGCCUAUGUUGUGGUUCAAUUUUAUCCCUGGUUAACGUUUAAUUUUCUUUUGUUUUGGGGUAUGGUAAUGUAUGAUAAUGAGUUUGAAACAAAAAGAACAAAAUUUAAUCCAUACCAAGGAAAAAAUUAAAUCAUAUACAUAUGCCGAAAGUGCGAAAUUUGAAUUUGAAAGUUCACUGUAGAUGCGUUGCAAUCCACUUAGUCAAUAUAUUAUUGAGGGAACAAUCCGAAUCUCCAGGUUGUUAUUACGCAUGUGUCGCAUGUAUGUAGCCAGUAUUCCUGUGGACUUCCACUAAGAGUAAAUGGAAUGCACAUUACGCAUUUUGGUCGCACGCGUUUGGACCUUUGAUCACUUGUAAUCUGAUCAUGCAUGUUUUGACCAUCUGUCAUGUGAAACUUAUGCAAAGCACGGUGUUAGAGCAAAAACGUUCGAUCGUUGUCACCCGUACUCCUUAACCUUUGGUUAUUACUAGUUUUAGGUAUAGAAUCAUUCUACCUAAAAAUAUCUGGUAUUCACUUCUGGAAAAAUUUGUAUGCACCAUAAGGUGAGGGAUUUGAAAGUAGGAAACUAACAAUGUGACUGACCAAGUUGUCUAUCAAUCAGCAAUAUCGUGAAAGAUGAUCGAUUUGGUUUCAAAAAAGAACUGUCAAGGCCUAAUAUGAAACAGUAGUCAAGCGGCACCCUUCCAAAGAAGAAAUGUCAAAACCUUGAUCCGAAACAGCAGUAAUUCAUAGUCGCAUAACAAUUCUGUCACAUGGCCAAUAAUGUUGCUCAUUUAUAUUUUGCCACCAUACAAAACAACAGCAAAACUGUCAUCUAAAUGUUCUGCAUUGGAAAACAAGACUAUGUUGCCCAUGAUAUAGAACAAAUUCCUGGAUGCUGGAGAAUCAGUUUUCAGAAAAAGCUCUCCUACAGUUCAUCUGUUUACAAAGUUUUGAUAUUUACAGUAUAAAAAUCCUUUGUACAAUCUACUUUUUUCCUUUGAAAAAGUAAAGGAAAGCUACAGUAAUGCUUGCUAGAUUUUCCAUACCAAGAGAAACUCAAACACUAGUAAGAGCUGAGCUAUUAUGAUACCUAAGCAGCUGCCAUCUUUGAACCUAAGGGUACAAAGUGUCACAAAUUUCAACUCGUUCAUUUUAUUUUAAGAUGUACAGCGAAUUUCCAUUUAGCUUGAUAAAGCAGUCUAGAAAGAAAAAAAUCAAAUGAGAAAUAGGCAAGAGUACACAGAAUACUGGGGUUUCAAAAAAGGCAAACGCAAACAAAUAACACAGCCACAUAAUGUAUGCGGAGUUGCAAAAAUCUAUCGAGGUCAGCUUAAUUCAAGCUCAAGUGUUCUACAUCUCCUUGAGAGAUAAAUUUUAUCCUUGUAAAAGCAAUGCAACUCCCUCCUUCUCUUUUUAUGGCCAGUUGUACUCCACUUUCUAGUGCUACAAUUAUUCCGAUCUCGUCCGAUCCAGCCAACGAAAACAACUACGUUGAGCCCAAUUGUCCACAUGGUAACAUGGCAUGUUGAGGACAGCAGCAACCGCUGCUGAACAGCAUUUUGACAAUCACUUCAAGGAUAAAAAACGAUAAAUUUGCUAUAAUUAUUCAAUAAAGAAAAAAUGUUAGAUUUUUAAUGAAGAAAUUGACAAGAGUUCUUUGGGUAAAAGACAAAUUUCCUAACAUCUCAAAUAUCACAUCUAAAAUGAGAUCAUAACAAUGUAACACGUGUGUUCCAUGUUUUCCGCUCUAACUUUAGAUUGGCGCUUAGAACAAUGCUGAAACUUGGCCUUGAGGUAUAAGACAGGGGAAGCUGUUUGAGUGGCUCCCUUUGUAUGUAAGUGAUGGGUUGAUGACCAGCUUUUGAACUAUUCUUAGUCAUUUAAAGGUGCAUUUUCCCAUUAGAGAUCACAUGUGAUUCUGGAGAAGUGUGUUAAUCAACUUUGUUAUCAUGAGUGUUUUACUAGAAAAUAUACCACUCAUAAAAUUCAUAGAAAGCUACAUCUGGGACCCGAGUGGUUUAUUUUCCAUAAUCUUACACGUGAGUUUAUGGAUGAUUUAAUUUUGGUAAUAGUAGACGAUCAUGAGGUACUUCCUUCUGUUGAAGACAUAGAUGUCUGUUCCUAAUUUAUUCCCAUGGUCGACUGGGAAGAUCAGGGUGCAUGAUUGGCAGCACUGGCUGAGCUGGUGAGUGUUUGUUGUAUAAGUGACAGCCCUUCACCAUUUGUCUGAUGUCAUUGGAGAUACCUGGCAAGAAUACAUACUUUCUAGCCAGGAGAAUGCACUUGGGUUUGCUCAAGUGGCCUGAGUGGAUGGUCUGUAAGACUUCAUUUUGUAUGUCCUUGGGCACUACUAUCUAUUAUUUUUUCAAUUACAAGAUCACAACAGCUUGAAGAUACUAUGAAUUUUAUUUUCUUGUGGCAAAAACAGUAUUUUACUCACUUGCGUGUUCAUAAAAUAUUAUUUUGCCACUCAAAAAUAAAAUUCAUAUCUUUGCACCACCGUGUAAUAUCCUCCCAAGCUUUACUAUGAAAGAAAUAAUUAUUCAUAAUAAUAAUUCUUGAAUUCUUGAAAAAAUCUGCACAUGUGUGGAAAAUAAAGAUUAAGUCUGGAAAAAUGGUAAGAAAUCUUGCCUUUUUUUUUUUUCAAAAACUGUUACAAGUGCUUAUUAUUGCAAAGUGAAAUCAUAUUGUCUUUCAGUAGUCAGAUCUUUCUGAUCUUGUCUGGGGCAAAGCAUUCAUUUGGAAAUUGAGAAGUUUCAGAACUCUCUUAUACUACAUUGCACUGAGGUUACUGUAUGUUUACUGUGAUUAUGGGCAAAGCCUGGUUCCUGCAAUUGUCAAGGUUUCUAAGGAUCAAUCAUUUGAUAACCUUCGAUGUGGAAACAUAACUUAUUGUUUUUGAAAAAGAGAAAAAGCAGGGUGUCUAGUUCCUAUUUUUUCCUAUUUUUUGAGCCUAUUCCUAUCUUUUUCUUAUUUUUAAACUAAAACCUCCUAUUUUUCCUAUUUUUUAGCUGGUGAAGCCAAAAUUUGCAACAAAAUUGAAAAUGGAAUUAUAGGUGUAUGUGUUUUUGAGUGAGAUUUGUCAUAAAGCAAGUAGUAUUUUGACGUUGAUGUUCUAAUAUUAGCAAAAGUAAUGGUUACAUUUGUUCUUUGUAUGUCCUCUAUUGCUUAUUAGAGAACUUUCUGUUGUUACUUUUUGUAUAAUUUUCUAGUGCACCUACAUGUAUUGUAUGUCGUGUUAUAGUUCUCAUGACUACUGAAUAAUAAUGUUCAUAGGAUACAGAAAGUAUGUACGCUUUUAUGUUUAUUUUUGAAACUGAAAACAGGAUCAAGUUGUCCUCUCACAACAAAGGACAGAUAAAUCAUCUAAUCAGCUUCUUGUUUAAAACACCAUUGCAUCACUAGCUGAUUCUGGAUGCUACAUGAAAAGAACAGCUAAAGUUUAGUUCACGGCACUAGCCCCCUUGGUGAGCCCUUUAGUUUGUUAACAGCUAUACCUAAGCAACUGACGAAGGAUCCAAUAUUUUGGUUGCAAAACCGGUCUUGCAGACAUAGCUAAGGAGAGUGUUAUGUUUUUCUUAGAACUUAACAAUGACACACUUACAUUCUGGUACCAAAUAGAUCAGUUUCAUUUUGCGUACACAGUGGAAAGCCUUUUUCUGUUCUUAAAUUAAAAUGUGCAGUCUUUUGACCUAAACAAGCAUAUUCUCAACCAGCUACUGAUUGCAGAUUAAUGGAAGGAAAGCUUUCCAUAGGACUUUUAAGUCCCAGUUCGAUAUCCCUCAAUGACAGUUCGCAAUCAUAAGAAAUUUCUGUCCUAAGAAAUAUCACUCUUCGGAGCUUUUCAAAGAUUUGCUGCCAACUUGAAGGGAAUUUGCAUAUGAUCGUCUUUGAUUAUAGAACCACCCUCAACCUCUAGUCAAGCAUAUCAUCAGUUCUGCUUACACAUUCUGAGCCAAUAAAAUAAACAUUACUGAUCAUUUUCAUGCCUUCCUGCUGGUGAAAGUUGAUCAAAAUCCUGCGAACGUUGAAGCUGAGGACUCGUAGCCUUAAUUAUAACCCUGAUGUGGUGCAGGGAGUCUAUCUUUGUCGAGAAAAGUACUAUUGAUUUUCAUAUUUACCUCCUAUUUUUUAAUACAAAGUUUCCUAUUUUUCCUAUUUUCUCAAUCCUGAGUUUCCUAUUUUCCUAUUACUUUAAGCAACCAAUCCGCUGGACACCCUCAAAAAGUCUUAAAUUUUGCAUCCAAAAUCUGUGUGAACCCAGAAAAUGUUAUUCUCCUCUUGUUGAUAGAUCACAGUAGCAGUAAUACCAACAUUUUUUUUCCAAACAGGAUGCAGUACAAAUGGAAAUUGGUCCAAAAUUGAUAGACACUUUGAGGAAGGCAGAGAAUCAUUCAAUACCAUAUGGUGUUGUAAGAGGAGAAGCAAUACCUUUAAAAAGAACAGAAGUCAUAAGAAGUGCUCAUGUGCAAGAUGCUAUUGGACUCAUACAACGCAUAAAAACACGGGAACACAAAAGUGAAUGGAGUAAGACAACUAGACUGUGGUAUGUAAUUUCCUGUUUGCAACUCUUGCACUUGAAUUUCCUAUCAAUGAAGUGUGAAUUUAAACUUCACUCUUAUUCACUAGUAAAUUAAAUUUAUACAUGUACAUGCAAUUUUUUUUAAGAAUUCCCCCCGUCCUUCUUUUGGAAGUUACAACAUAGACUUGCUACAAGUCAACCUCUUGACGAGUGGAGCGAGCCUUGUUUGGCCAUGAAGCGGCCGACUGCAAGCAACGAAGUCGCGAGAGGUCGACUUGUCUUGCUUGAUGGGUUUCCAUUUGCAUUUUGUGCCAAAAAUGGGGAGUUACGUGACUUGCAUUUGGGGUUUCAGGUUUCAUUUUUCAAUGGCAGAAUGUGCUGAUUCCACUCCAACUCAAUCCUUUGAAUGUGUGUGUGUAUCUCCAUCAUCGAAGGAGCUAAUUUGUUUACUUUGUGCGAAAGUUGACGACCUCAGGGGGCCGGAAAAAAACAAAGCUUGUUUCAAUCUCGAGUCAUUACUGGGAAAGGAGAUUUCACACCCAAGGAAUCCUUGACAUCCGCACACAUUUUAAACCUACAGAGACUUUCAAUACAUGCAUGUCUCUUCCUGUAACCCUUACGGGGUCAGAAAAGGUCUCAUAAACUGAGAACUAACUCCUCAGCUAAAUCCUUCUAUGAAAACAUUUACAACUUCAAAAAACGCCUUCACGCUAGAGGUUACACUCACAAUCUCAUAGAAAAAAUCACCUCUGAGGUUAAAUUUACCGAACGGAAGUCAGCUUUACAAAAGAACAAUGAAGUGCGAAAGAAAAUUCUGCCUUUCGUUACCACAAACCACCCUGCUUUGCAGAACCUUAAAAACAUUUUAAUGAGCAAAUGGCACUUAAUUCAAGGUCAACCACUACUGAGAGAAAUGUACAACGAGCCUCCCAUCAUUUCAUAUAAAAGAGAAAAAUCGCUGGGAGAUAUCCUCGGUAGAGCAAAACCAUAAGGUCAUGUAUCACACUAUCACGAGCUUAUGAGUCGUGUUUGGCCUAUCGACACCUUUCAGUUCGCAAUCGACCCCAUGUUGGAAUUGGAAUGCAAGUCACAUUUUAAUGCGCUUAGUACUUGUGGGUGACAGCUUUAUCCCCAAGGGUCCUUGGGAGCUACUCUGAUUGGUCCAAGCGCACCUACCCGUUUUUGGGUCGAUAAAAUUGGCGCCAAUCAAGUAUGAAAAGUCCUUUGUCCCGCGCCAUAUGAAAUCUGACGAAGGACUUUUUUGAAAGUCUAGUUACAAUACUGCAGUGGUGUUAAGAAGGUGUCUUUCUUCAUUCGCACUAGUCAACGUAUAAGGCAAAUGUUGUACAAAGGGUCACCCAGAUUACUGAGAACCUUUGCAAGAUUCUUUUCCCCAACUGCUAACUUGCCUGUAUCACAGAUUUCCUCACACCAAAGAUGUUGUGGUUUGAUCUAGUCUUGAGGUUCUCAGUCAAAGCCAUCUUAUUAUUAUUAUUGUUAUUAUUAUUGUUAUUAUUAUUAUUAUUAUUAUUAUUAUUAUUAUUAUUAUUAUCAUGCUUGUUAUGAUGAUGACGAUAAUGAUUAUUAUUACUAUUAUUAUUAUUAUUGAUUUCAUAUCUUUCAAUUCUAGGCACGAUGUUGAAAGGACCAUAAGUUCUGCUGCUACUUCAGUCCCUUUUGCCUUAUUACACAAGGGGAUCCUUAUCAAAGUCAUGGAACCAAUGUCUGCAGAAAAACUUCAGCUAAAAGUUAUACAAGAUAAGUUUGAGCCAGUGUCCAGCUCUGUUGCUGACUCCUUGGUACAGUGGGCCACCGGUGAUAAGACAAAGGGAUUUCAAACAAUUGAAGAAAUGCUACCUGUUGGUACAGCACUAACAGGAAUUGGAGAAAUCAGUUUGGAUGGUGAUAGCAUCAAGAUAGGACCUCCAAAAUCUGGUCUGACUUAUUAUCUAUCGCAACUUACCUUAGAUGCCAUCAUCCGACAGCUGCAAUCGGGAAAGAAGAUAUGGAAAGUUCUGAGCGCAAUCUUUGCUUGUGGUAGUGGAAUUCUGUUCCUUGUUUCACUUUACUUGUAUAUCAAGAGACGACGUGACAGACAGAUUGAAGAUGAUUUUAUACGGAGGAUGCAACAUGAUGUGACUGUUGUAGGGGAUGGUGAGGUCUUGGAUCCCCAGGGAGCAUGUGUUGUUUGCAUGGACAGACCACGCAAUGUUGUCAUUUUAGACUGUGGCCACAUCUGUUGUUGCUUAGAAUGCGCACGGCAGGUGAACAACUGCCCUGUUUGUAGGCGUCCAAUCGCUCGUCUUGUCCCCACUUAUCAUAGUUAAAAAAAUUACCAAAGCCACUCUUAGCCUCUGGAAUUUACAAAAUUCUUACUCGUAUUUUGUUGUAUGUAAGUGGUGCGAAAGUGUUGACUUAAUCAGAAAUAUCAGUAUCUUUUUUUUUGUUGUUGGUAGCCUUCUUGAAUGUUGCAAGUUGUCAGUAAUUUUGUGAUCUAAGUACAGGCAGGCAACUAUUUUUGCAACCUGCUUUAUACAAAAAUUGGUGGAAUGUUAUUGAAUUGAUGUGAAGUCAGGGAGCAAAGAACGUCAGGUUCAUAGCUUGCCAAAAUAGCAUGAACUAGACCAUGAGACUUUUUAACUUGCCUGAAAAAAAUUCGAACGAGCCGAAUUGAUUACAGAUCUUCUGUAAUUUGAAUUCCCCCAAGAAACUUCACAUGCCCAUCGGAGAAGUUAAAAACAGAAUUCACUAGCCUGAUAGAAAAGUCCACUA